GCCACUAUCGGUACGGGGUGCAAACCCAGCAUAAGCUGGCUUUGUCAACGGAUCCUUCCAAGAUCCAAGAACGAAGAACGAACUGACGCCGUUGGAUCCCAUUUCCAUUUCCUGAAGCAAAAGCUGUGAAGAGUGAAGAGUGAAGACUGGGACAACCCAAGAAAGGAGGUAUCUAUCGCAAUCGCACUAAUCUACCUAUUGAGCUAGAGUCUUCAAUCUACCAGUACUCUGUUCCUCUUUACAAGUUUUCUCUUCGUUUGUCUCAAACAACUACCUAUUGACGAUACACGAUCCAUCACCCCAACGCUCGUACAUGUACCAUGACUCGAUUUCCGCUUGGCUUUUGGCUGUUGUUGACGGUUGGUUCCGUUUGGGCUCAUGACGAUGCUUAUUAUUCCUUUGACGACUUUGUCAAGGAGUAUGGCAAGAUCUACAACAGUGACGAAGAACGACAAAUGCGCAAGGAGAUCUUUGAGGCUAAUUUCUUGACGAUCCAAGAUCACAACAACAACAACAAGAGGGACGAAUACAGUCACGUGUUGGCUGUCAACGAAUGGGCCGACCGUCGCAUUCCCGAAGAAUUGCCUUUGGGAUUGCACAAGAAAGCCGUGGUGGCAGAAGAUGAUCCUUUGAAUCUCAUGUUCAUCACCAGGCCAACGAAAAAGCAGUCUACCGACGCAGCGGAAGCCUUUUAUCAAGACUGGUUGAAGAAUACCGUUGUUCCAGUGUCGGAAUUGCCCAAAGAAGUGGAUUGGCGCAGCCACAACCCAAAAGUUACCACCCAUGUCAAGAAUCAGGGAUUCUGUGGAUCUUGUUGGGCCGUUGCCAGUACGGAAGUAUUGGAAUCGCACAUUGCCUUGAAAACGGGAAAAUUGUUCAAACUCAGUCCUCAGGAGCUGGUCAGUUGUGUGCAAAAUCCUCUGCAUUGUGGAGGUGGCGGUGGAUGUCAAGGAGCCACCUACGAAUUGGCAUUUGAAUACGUGAUGGAGCAUGGAAUGGUUCCCGAAAAGGAAUUCCCGUAUCGAAGUGGCACGGGAUUUAAUGUCAAGUGCAGUCUUGUCAAUGGAACUUUGGAGCAAGAGUCCUCGUCUUUGUUGAGGCGUCCAUUCGACGACAAUACACACGACAACGAUUACAUUGAUGGCGCCGUGGCAACCAUUGAUGGAUACAUCAACUUUCCCACCAACAACUAUACCGAAUUGAUGAAUGCUGUCGCUACCUUGGGACCCAUUGGCGUGACGACGGCAGCCAGCAGGUGGUCAUUCUAUAGGGGUGGUGUCUACGAAGUGAAGGACCACCAGACCAAAGGCGCGACAGAUGUCGACCACGCGGUGGUGCUCGAGGGUUAUGGGAUUGAUCAAGAAUCACAAAAACCAUUCUGGUUGGUCCGCAACUCGUGGGGGGCCUCCUGGGGUGAAGAUGGAUACAUUCGAUUGAAGCGAGUAGACCCCAGUACCCUUCCAGACUUUGAUGAGGACGACUGCGGAAUAGACACGGAUCCUUCCGACGGUGCCGCAUGUACCAAGGAUAAGGAUGGACACACCAUCAAACCCAAACCAGUCAAGGUCUGUGGAACCUCGGCAAUCCUGUACGAUACGUUUGUGCCGGUGGGCGGGCGCUUGAUCUCCAACAAGAACAAGAAAGAGAGUCGCAAGGUGCAAGUCAGCUAGAAAGUUUUUAUGAUUCAUUCCUUGCUGCGAAGAGAAGAGUCCUGAGGCCAUUCAAAGCAAAUUAAUAUGGAUAGUUUACUCGAGUUUAUUAUUUGUC